AUGUCGAGACGAGCUCCCAAUCCCGGCGCCGAGCGGGCGGCGCAGAACCAGGCGACCAUCAAGAGUCUCCUGAAGCUCGAGCCCAACAAGGUCUGCGCUGACUGCAAGAAGAACAAGCAUCCGCGAUGGGCCAGCUGGAACCUGGGCAUCUUCAUCUGCAUCCGAUGCUCUGGCAUCCACCGUGGCAUGGGAACCCACAUUAGCAGAGUCAAGUCUGUCGACCUGGAUUCAUGGACCGACGAACAGCUCCAGAGCGUCCUGAACUGGGGCAAUGCGCGCGCAAACAAGUACUGGGAAGCAAAGCUGGCACCCGGCCACACGCCUUCCGAAUCCAAGAUCGAGAACUUUAUCCGCACCAAAUACGAGCUGAAGAGAUGGGCGAUGGAUGGACCGAUGCCAGACCCCUCAGAAUUGGACGCUGCAGCAGAUGAUGACGUCCCGUUGAGUAUCGUCAAAGAGAAGCAGGUUGUCGAAAGGAACGAGUCGAUCAGGAAGGCCUCGAUCGGACAGUCUCAAGCACCCCGAAGGUCUCCCCUGCCUGCGCCCGUGGGAGACCUCAUCGGCGGCGAUGAUCCUGUACCACCACAGCCUCCGCAACAGCAGUACCAGCAGCAGGGAUUUGGAGGCCCGGCCUCCCCAACCUUUAGCCACCACUCUCAGGGCUCAAUGGGCGGCUCGAUGGGCGGUUUCAACGAUGCCUUUGGUAGCUUGAACAUGGGCAACGUCGCCGCUCCCAAGCCGGCACCAGUCGACCCCUUUGCCAGCUUUGGCACUAGGGCAGCAGCAUCCCAGUCCAACAACAGCAGUGCCUUUGGCGGUUUGAGCGGAGGCAACUUCUUCAACUCUAAGCCUGCACAGCCUGCACAGCCGUCUCACCAGUCAAAGCUGUCCAACUCCAGCUCUGGAUUUGGAGGAUUCGGAGACUUUUCAUCGCCCAUGGCUGCUGCUCCGGCCCCUGCUCCCAAGGCGUCUUCUGCCAUGGACGACCUCUUUGAUUUCUCUGCACCCGCCACUACUGUCCAGCCGACUUCUCCGCCAGCCGCGCAACCGAGUGCUCCGGUAUCGAGCUCUGUUUUCAACCUCUCCUCUCCCCAGACCAAGCCCGCUGCUCCCGCCCCUGCGCCUGCACCGAGCUCGGCUGCAACCGCGCUGGGUGGAGCCAACCUAUCGGGAGCUGACGUCUGGGGUGGCAACGAGUGGAGCAGCGGGCCAUCCACGGCCGCGCCGAUAGCUCAAAAGAGCCCUUCGCUGCCAAAGGCUUCAGCACCCAGCCUUGGAUGGGAGGGAGGCGCCUUUUCCAACACGCCCAUUGUCCCCGGAUCCGGUGGAGGCUUUGCCCCGGCUCCCAAGGUCACGGCCGAUGAGGAGUUUGGCGGCUGGGCGAGCAGCACCGGCGGAGCUAACUCUGGCGCGACACCCAACCAGGGAGGCUUUGGAGGAGGCAAUGACGAUUUGUUCAACAAUGUCUGGCAGUAG